AUAACAUCUUUUUGAGAAAUGGAAGCAGGAGGGAAGAUAUCCUGGCUGGAAGAUGAGCUCUCAUGCCCAAUUUGUCAGGAUAUCUUCAAGAACCCUGUCUCUCCCCCGUGCCAACACAAUUUCUGCUGGGCUUGUCUGACAAGCUACUGGAAGAAGAAAGGGAACUCUGAGUGUCCUGUUUGCAGGGAAAUGUAUUCCAUCAAAGAUUUAAAAUGGAAUCGCACACUGGCCAACAUUGUGGAAUCUUUUCUCAAGGAGUUUACAAAAGAGCAGGAGGUCAGUCAGCCAGACCCAGUGUGUAGCUUGCACAAAGAGCUUGUGAAGCUGUACUGUCAGGAGGACCAGGAGGUGAUGUGUGUCGUUUGCCUGCAUUCAAAAAAGCACGAAAACCAUAGAUGUCGUCCCUUGGAGGAAGCAACUAAAGAGUCUAAGGAAGAGUUGAAGAUGCUGAUGAAGUCUCUACAAUCCAAGAUGGCAAAAUUCAGUGCAAUCAGAAAUGAGUAUGAGCUCACCUUAAAGCACAUCAAAAGCCAGGCUUCGGGAACUGAGAAACAGAUCAAACAGGAAUUUCAGAAGCUUCACUGUUUCCUUCACCAGGAAGAGAGGAUUCUCAUGAGCAGUCUCCAGAAAGAAGAAGAACAUCAUGUUCAGUUAAUGAAACAAAAGAUCAAGGAGGUCUCUGAGGAUAUUUCCUCAUUAGAAGCUACCAUUCAGUCAAUCGAGAGUGAGCUCAGUCAAAGGGACUCAGCCCUUUUCUUACUGAAUCUUCCAGCAACAAGGAAAAGAGCAAACUGCACUCCCCAGUGUCCAGAGACAGUCUCUGCCAUGAUUAAUGUCGGUCGCUAUGUUGGAUCAUUGCAAUACAAAGUCUGGAAGAAGAUGCUGAACAUUAUCAAUCCAGCCUCUGUGAUCCUGGACCCAAACACAGCAGCCCCUUGGCUCUCUCUGUCGCAGGAUUUGACCAUGAUGGGAUACAGCCACAACAAACAACUGCUACCAGACAAUCCAGAGCGGUUUGACUCCUGUGUUUCGGUGCUGGGAUUGGAGGGGUACAGUUCAGGUCAGCACCACUGGGACGUGGACGUGAGGGGGCAGAGCAGUUGGUGUUUAGGAGUGGCCCAAGAAUCCAUCCAGAGGAAAGGAAUCAUCAAGGUGGAUCCAGAGAAUGGUUUCUGGGCCAUUGGGCUAAUGGAUGGGAAUGAAUACUAUGCCUGCACCUCACCUUGGCGCACAGAGCUCAGCAUUAAUCCCAAGAUCAUCCGUGUUUGUCUGGAUUACAAAGCUGGACAGGUGUCUUUUUAUAACCUUGAAGACAUGAGCCUACUCUACACCUUCACAGACACCUUUACAGAGAAGCUGUACCCUUAUUUUUGUCCGUACCUCCUCCAAGACACUAAUAACAUUUCACUCAUGAAGAUCUAUCCUCGGAAGGUGAUUUUACAGGAUUAAUGCCAUUAGAUUGGACACAGUCAAACGGUUUCUCAAGCACUCGUUCGCCGAUGAAAUUCCCAGUGUUAUUGCACUUUGGGCGAAGAGAGAGCAGUACUUAAUUUCCCUUCAAAUACAGAGUGCCAUCUGAGGCUAAAGGACGUGUGUGUGUGUGUGUGUGUGUGUGUGUGUGUGUGUGUGUGUGUGUGUGUGUGUGUGUGUGUGUGUGUGUGUGUGUGUCACCCAUCCUGCUCUCUGUCCCUCAACAGAAUCCCAUCAGAAUGUAAUGGCAAUGGAUCCCAUAAAGAAACCUUUAGAAAUAGCUUAAAUAGAAUUGGAAAGAGGCCAUUAGACCCACUAUACCUGUGCCAGCCCUGUAAAUAAUUGUAGUCCAUUUACCUGUCCUUUGCUAAAGAGCCUUUUCCUUUGUAUACGUUCACUCUCUUCAUUUCAAAGGGAUUCAAAUUGCAUUGCUGAGUAUUCUCUGACCUGAUCUCAUGCAGAAUGUUAUAUUCUCUUAACCUUACCUUUGAUCUGUACCCAAUGGCAUGAAAUUUCUGAUUUUUCAUCCUAGACGACCAA